AUGCAAAAAACUUCUACGAGCUCUGGUUGUGAAGAAUGCCCCUGGGUGACAUCACAUACAUACAAGUGCCAGAUCCUUUGCGUCAUUCCCUUCCUGGGAAACCUGGUCAGCGACUUUCGGGAAGAUCUUCUUUCAGCUCUGAGCACAAGAAUGUCAGUCAUUCCCUUCCGUCGGUCAGAGCUGUUAGCUCAGGACGAGGAGGGACGGGAUUCUUUGUUCAUUGUCUCUCAUGGUGAAGUGAUUGCUCACAUCGAGAAAAGAACAUACAAGUUUGGUCCAGGAGAUUAUUUCGGGGAUUGGAAUUUCUUUCAUGUCCAAGCACACAAACACAGCAAGUAUCUUGCAUUAACGGACGGCAUAUGCUUGAGCCUCUCAAAAGCUUCCUUCGACGAGGUCCUUACAGCAUUUCCUCCAGAAGUCGCUGAGCAUCUUUCGAUAUUCAGCGAAUAUUUCCACGGCUUUGACUUGAACGAAGAGUUUCAAGCAGAGCGACCGGCGCAGGUUGCUGGUCAAGUCUCAAGGGAGGCUGCAGGAAUCCAGCGAGAAUUGGAAGCCCAAGGCGGUCGCGUCACUCACAUCUACGAUAUCCUCGAUGACUGCCGAAACUCAAAGGCUCCAAGAUCAGCUCUUGCAGGCUUCCAGUCAGGCGGACGUUGA